CUCUCAGACUCUUUACCCAAAGAGAAAAUUAAGAAGAAUCUGCAGGAGAGAGCGAUUAUGGCGACGAGAACUAACAUGCCUGAACAAAUCAGAGGUGUUCCCGUCGCUGCGGAUGGCGCAAAGAUCCAGAACAAAAACGGCGCCGUAAAGAACCGUCGACCCCUCGGUGACAUCGCAAACUUCGUCUCUGUUCCCUUAGCCCAAGGAGGCAAGCCUCAGCCUCCUCCGAUUAACCGACCCAUCACCCGAAGCUUCCGUGCUCAGCUACUAGCCAACGCCCAGAACGAGAAGAAACCAACCGAGAAGGCUCCGGUUCUUGCAGCCAAGAAGCCACAACAACAACAACCUCUUGCUCCAAGAGCGGUUCCAAAGAAGAAUCUUGUCAUCAAACAACAGCCAAAGAAGGAAGCUGUAGUGUCACCUAAGAAGAACAAGAACGUGACUUACUCUUCGGUUCUUAGUGCUAGGAGCAAAGCUGCUUGUGGUGUUACCAACAAGCCUAAGGUUGUUGAUAUUGAUGAGUCUGACAGAGAUAACGAUUUGGCUGCGGUGGAGUAUGUUGAGGAUAUGUACUCGUUUUAUAAAGAGGUUGAGAAGGAGAGUCAGCCUCAGAUGUAUAUGCAUAUUCAGACGGAGAUGAAUGAGAAGAUGAGAGCUAUCUUGGUUGAUUGGUUGUUUGAAGUUCAUGUCAAGUUUGAACUUAACUUGGAGACUAUUUACCUCACUAUCAACAUUAUUGAUCGGUUCUUAUCUGUGAAAGCUGUUCCUAAAAGAGAGUUGCAGCUUCUGGGGAUUAGUGCAUUGCUUAUUGCUUCCAAAUACGAAGAGAUCUGGCCACCUCAGGUGAAUGAUUUGGUGUUUGUGACGGAUAAUGCUUACAACAACAAGCAGAUUCUGGUGAUGGAGAAGACCAUCCUUGGGAACCUUGAAUGGUACUUGACAGUCCCUACACAAUACGUGUUCCUUGUCCGUUUCAUUAAAGCAUCUGUGCCUGACCCUGAGAUGGAGAAUAUGGUUCACUUUCUUGCUGAAUUGGGGAUGAUGCACUAUGACACGUUGAAGUUCUGUCCCUCCAUGCUUGCUGCUUCAGCUGUUUACACAGCGAGAUGCUCGUUGAACAAGUCACCUGCUUGGACUGAUACACUGAAGUUCCACACUGGCUACUCAGAGUCUGAGAUUAUGGAAUGCUCAAAGGUUCUAGCUUUACACCACUCGAGAUGCGGAGAGAGCAAGUUACGUGCUGUGUACAAGAAAUACUCCAAGGCCGAGAAUGGAGGUGUUGCUUUGGUUUCACCAGCCAAGUUUCUAUUGAGUGCUGCUGCUACUGAUUCGAAGAAUCCUCUUUCUGCUUAAGUAAUUUUGUUUGUGUUUGUUUCAUCAGAUCUCUCUCUGAUUCAGUUUCAAGUUCUGAGUUUUGCUUAUAAGAAGAACCUCUUUGUUAUUAAGAGUUCGUUUUAAAAAAAGUAGAAAUGAAUUCUCUUAUAAGAGAGUCUGUAAUGUCCUUACUUCUCUAUGACUAAUAGAUAAGCUUUCUUAUAUUUUUUGCUUGCAUAUCAAGCUCUUCC